AUGUCGUACAACAUAUUUAGCUGGAAUAUUAGAGGAGCCGCUGCCAAAGGGGUUCCCCUACUACUUAAGGAUAUUGUUCUAAGACAUAAUGUCUCUUGUCUUGCGAUCCUCGAGCCUCGGGUUAGUGCUGCGAAAAUUCCUUUGAUCCUAAAGACAGUGGGUUUUGAUGAUUUCUUUGUUGUUGAAGUAGAAGGUUUCUCUGGAGGAAUUUGGGUUAUGUGGCAGAAAAACUGGGGUUCUGUGGAAAUUAUCUCCUCUCACCGCCAAUUUAUACACACCCGCAUCACACCUAAAGGAAACCUUCCUAGUCUUCUGGUGACUUUUGUCUAUGGUAGUCCCAACUAUUCCAUUAGAGAAAUUCUCUGGAGAGAGUUACGAUGUCUUGCAUCCACCAUGCAAACCCCUUGGAUGGUCCUAGGAGAUUUCAAUGCUUACUUAAGCUCCUCUGACAAAUUGGGGGGUGGCCCAGCAAACACAGUGGCUAUGAACAAGUUCAGGUCUUGUUUGGAUGAUUGCUCGCUAUCUGAAUUUGGCUUCAAGGGUCCCCCUUUUACCUGGGAAGGAAGAGGUAUCAAGGAAAGGAUUGAUUGGGUUCUAGGGAACGACAGUUGCUUCACCUCCUUUCCUGAGGCUUCUGUCCUUCACCUACCUCGUCUCAAAUCUGAUCACAACCCUUUACUUUUGCAGCUUCGUGCUCCUGCGAGCUGUAAUACACAACGACCGUUUCGCUUCUUAGCCGCUUGGCUAACCCAUGAGGAUUUCCCUCGAUUGGUGAGUGAGACUUGGCAGAACCAUGAGGAGUGGGUUCCAGCGUCCAAUUCCUUCCAAGAUGCUGCCACCAUAUGGAAUACUCAAGUCUUUGGCGAGAUUGGCCGGAAGAAGAGACACCUAAUGAGUCGCUUGGAAGGGAUCAAUAAUCGACUUCGCAUGAGCCAUAUACCAUACCUGGAAAAACUCCAGAAACGGUUGUGGGGUGAUUAUCAGAGAAUCCUGGUUCAAGAGGAGUUACUCUGGCGUUAG